ACAUCUGUACAUCUUGGACACACUCACCUACAUCAAAACAGUGAAGGACUUUUGUGACAGAGAACCAAAAUGGACCCGUCGAGGAAAUCGGAGAUCGAGAAGAUGAGAAACGUUAAAAGACGCACAGGGAAAAUCUUAACAAAAUAUCUUGGAUUUGGAAGACAGAAAUUGAAGAAGGAGCUGGGGGCAGUUUUGAAGAAGACUCUGGAGGGGCUGGAGAAACUUCAUCACUUCCUGGAUGCAGUGGAGAAGCUAGCGGUCACCUCGCUGUUUGUGUUCACAGAUGAGAUCUUCCUGCCGAGGGGGGUGAGCCCUGCAACUGCACGAUCGGUGAUCUUAACAGCCAGAACCGUGUGCCCGCUCCUCAUUCACUUCAAGAGAGAUGAUGGAGCUUUCUUUUUACCCAGCCUCCACAACGUGGAUGUCCUGGCCUUCCAGCUGGACAAAUACAUCCGCAUCACACAACAGCUCUGCGAAAGCAUGAAAAAUCCUUCACUGAGGUUCAGCUGGAAUAUGAGUGGGUCCAUGGAAAAUAUGACUGACCAUUUCAACCAACUGAGCAAAAUCAGAAUGGAUGAGUCAUUCAGGCUGACAUACUUAUUUGGUGAGAAUACAGAGCACUUCUUUGAGACAUACAGUGGAUGUCGCUCCAGCAUGUUCCAGUUCCUGUCAGAUCUAGAGGGGACUGCAGUAGAGCUGGAUAAAAUGAAGAAGGGCUCCAGCAUCUCCACUGUGGCGGGCAGUUCAGUGAGUGCUGUAGGAGGUGUCUUGUCCAUCGUAGGCCUGGCUCUUGCCCCUGUCACUGCAGGGGUGUCCUUGGGCCUCACAAUCAGUGGGAUUGGGUUGGGGGUCACCAGCGGAGCCAACAGUUUAGUGACAGGUUUUACUGAAUUGGGAGUCAACUCAUAUCACAGGAAUAAAGCCAACAACAUCUUUAAAAAAAUGAUGGAGGAUGUGCAGAAGGUUCUAGAUUGUCUAGAGAAUGCAGCUAGUAGUGAGCAUCCUAGAACACAUCUGGGUCUGGAUUACAUUAAUAUACAGCUUGAAAAUAUGAAAAUACUAUGCCGUACUAGAAGUCUAGUUGAAAAAAUUUGUAAUGCCAUUGAUGGAGCCUCAGCUGUGAAAACUCUCAGAAGUGAGAAAGUGAUUAGGAGGGUAGUUGGUGUGGGUCUUCAGGAAGCCAGUGAAACUCGCAGCAUCCCCAGCCUUGCUGCAGACCUGCCUGACAUUGGUCAGCUGGCUAAGGGCACUCCUCUGGCAAUGUCAAAAGCAGCCAGGGCCGGGUUUAUCACUCUAAAUGUCUUCUUCAUUGGUAUGGAUAUUGGGUUCAUUUACAAAGAAAGCAAGAGUCUGGCAAACAAAGAAACAAGCGAAGACUCUCAGUUCAUCCGUACCAGAUCAGCUCUGUUGCGCUCAGAGAUAGAGGCAUGGGACAAGAUCUAUGACACUCUGAAAAAAGGGAAAAUUACAUUCCAAGAGAAGCUGGAAAUUCUAAAGCAACCCUUUCCAAUAAUGUAAUAUUUGGCCCAUCCAAAAAAAGGUAAAGUGGUUAAAGCGGCUGACAAAGUAUGAAAGGUAUUAGAUCAUCUAGAGCCGGUAUAAAAACUAGGGACCACCAAUUAUAUA